UGGUGUUUGUAAACUUGCCUCGGUCCCGGCGGGGCAGCAGUGGCCACGGGGCUGGCACGGUGUGUGGGGCCCGGAGGAGUUGCCGUGCAGCGGGGGACACGGCGGGAGGCCGCGCCGAGCAGGUGUAUGAAGCAGACUUCGUGGACAUCGGUGAGAGAAUUUGGCCAGAAAACCAAGACUGGCAGACUCUUCCUUCUGACGAUAGACGGGAGCCAGGCAGAGCCCAAGGAUUCUUGUGGCAUCUAUCUUGUCUUUUUUUUUUUUUUGACACAAAGGAAGUUCAAUAUGAUGGCAGCAGGACUAAAGGGACAUGCAGGAGUUGUCACAGUGAUUUGGUGACAUUUCUUCAUACAGCAGUGUCUUAAGGAAAGGUCAACUAACUCCUGAACUCUUGGGUUGCAUUAAGUGAGAAAUCAGCAUGGCUCAGGCAAGUCUCCUGGCUUGUGAAGGCCUAGCAGGUGUGAGUUUGGUUCCCACUGCAGCCAGCAAGAAGAUGAUGCUGAGCCAGAUUGCCAGCAAGCAGGCCGAGAAUGGAGAGCGGGCAGGUAGCCCUGAUGUGCUGAGGUGCUCAAGUCAGGGCCACCGCAAAGACAGCGAUAAAUCCCGGAGCCGCAAAGAUGACGACAACCUGGCUGAAGCCUCUCAUCCCAAAAAGACUGUUAAAAAGGUGGUGGUGGUAGAGCAGAAUGGUUCUUUCCAAGUAAAGAUUCCCAAAAAUUUCACUUGUGAACACUGCUUUGGAGCCUUUAGGAGCAGUUACCACCUCAAGAGGCACAUCCUCAUUCAUACUGGUGAGAAGCCAUUUGAAUGUGAUGUAUGCGAUAUGCGCUUCAUCCAGAAAUACCACCUGGAGCGCCACAAGCGUGUGCACAGUGGUGAAAAGCCUUACCAGUGUGAACGGUGUCAUCAGUGUUUUUCUCGGACAGAUCGAUUACUCAGACACAAACGGAUGUGCCAAGGUUGCCAGUCCAAGACUUCCGACGGGCAGUUUUCUCUAUAGGCGCAAGGGGCCCCCGGUGGUGGGAGUGGUCAGAAGAAUCUACUGAAGAACAUCCCCUCUGGUCUACUGUUCCCACCACCACCCCAUCUGUACUGUCCCCCUCCCGCAGGAGUGGACCCAAGAGACAGCAGAGUGUGUCGGGGUGGCGGCCCCAGAGCCUCAGCCCUGUAAAUAUCUGAGACUUUGAGUAUCUCGGGGAAGUUCCUACAGCAUUCCUGGGGAGGGAAGCUAGUCCCUGGACCCUUGGCUGAGCUCACAGGCGGGAGACUCAAGGUACAGGACCAAGACUCAAGUUUGGCUCCCACAACCUUGGACUCUAGCUAGCAGCUGAAAUGGAAAAGAUUGGGGAGAGAGAUGGGUUGUGUUUUUUUUUUUUUCCCUGUUUUUGUUUUUGUUUAUCCAAAAGCAGUUUCAGCAGGUUCACUGUGGAUACAUGUGAUCAGGACAUGUGAAGUCCUGACCCAAAGCAGGGACUUCUAGCUGGGCCGACUCUUCCCCCAAAUUGAAGUUGAGUUGGAGUUGAUUCUCGGUGUUUCACAACCCUGCGGCUCACGUCCCGAUUGAAGGAGAAUGGGAUCAGGGAUAGCAGCUUACACACUAGGGGCAGAAGCAAGAGCAGUUGAAGGAGCAGACAUGGGCCGGGGUCAAGAGUGGUCAGGUCUUUCUCCAGGAAGAGCAAGAGUGUGCCCUGGUUGUGACAAUAGCCCAAGCCACUCUGGUACCUGGGGGGGGUGAGCUCAAGUGCCUUUUAGAGGAAACUUGGGUGAGGGUGGCCCAUAAUGCCUUUUUCUUCUCUGGGCAGUUGAUCACAAGGUCGUUUGUGGCUACCUCGUUGCCGUUGGCUCCUAUUUCAGGUGCUGGGCAGGGAGUAGUGGAUGUCAAAGUAGAUUCUCUCCUUGCACCCUCUUAGUUCCCCCUUCCGGUCAAGUAACAGCUGUUCACGGCACAGAGGAAUGUGGUGUCCCUUGAUCCAACCGUUGAGUAGAAGCUAUUCUCUCUGCCCAAGUCCUGUCACUGUUCAGGUAGAGGAGACGGGAUGGGAUCUGGCCUUUGGUCCCAAAGAACAAGAUCUAGAUUGACUUCCUUCUCAGCGGCCGUCCCUACCCAGCAAAGAAUUUGGGGGCAGGAGGGUGUUGUGAGAGAGGACUGAGGAGACCUAAUGUGGCUUUAUUCUUAACUCUAUUCUUUGCUCUUCUCUGCUUCAGUACCACCACCCUCUCCAUCCCCCCAACAUGAUCAGGUGUGUGUGUGUGUGUGUGUGUGUGUGUGUGUGUGUGUGUGUGUGGUAUGUGAGUGUUUGUAUGCAUAGAGACAGCAUAUUAUUGAGCCAAACCCUUCUCUGGCCCUCAGUUUAGGGAAGGGUAAGCAUGAAACAGCAUCCUCUUCCCUCAGAACCUGAGACCCCAACAGGAGCUAAGGGACUCAAUUGAGGGAACUAGAGAGCUUUGUUUUAGAGGGUUUCUUUCUUUCUCUCUCUCUUUUUUUUUUUUUUUUUUUUGUCUCCAGGGUUAUUGCUGGGGCUCAGUGCCUGCACCAUGAAUCCACUGCUCCUGGAGGCCAUUUUUCCCAACCCUUUUGUUGCCCUUGUAGCCUUGUUGUGGUCAUUAUUGUUAUUGUUGAUGUCUUUCGUUGUUGGACAGGACAGAGAGAAAUGGAGAGAGGAGGGGAAGACAGAAGGGUGAGAGAAAGAUACCUGCAGACCUGCUUCACCACCAGUGAAGUGACUUCCCUGCAGGUGGGGAGCUGGGGGCUCGAACCGGGAUCCUUAGGCCGGUCCUUGCGCUUUGCGCCACAUGCGCUUAACCCGCUGCGCUACUGCCCGACCCCCCUCUCUUUUUUCCCCCCUUUGAUUGAUGCAACAGACCGGUAACUGGUUAGGAUGUGUUUUUAACCCAGACCAGGGUUUGUGAACAUGAAUUUUUUAAGGUUAAAAUUAACUCUCUUUCUCCCUGCUAAAGAAAGGAUCCUCCUGGGAUGUUCUGGAAUUUGGGUGGCCUGAUCUAUGGGCAACAAGGAGAAUCCUCUGGGGAGGAAUCAUGGAGAUGUCAUGAACCUGACCAGAAAAUGUGAGGGUGGCAGCAGCAACAGUGGAGCCUGGCAGGGAGGCCCUCCGCACUGGUGAGGUGUGAGGAUUUCAGGUUAAAGGGAAGGAGGCCUGGCACCCUGGCAGCAUCUGAGAUCCUUUGGGGCAGAUGCCAGGGAUUAUUUGCCACCCUGUGCUCUUGAGGCUCCGUGCUGGCACUUCCAUUUGGUGGAGUCCAGAACCUGGACUUCAGUGCUUGGGUCUGCCCUGUGGACCCUGCCAGCAUGGCGUGUUUCUGCCUAUGAGCCAGCCCCCUUGCUGCUAGAGGGCUGUGCCAGGAGGGGUGCGUGGAAAACAUUGUCCUCCCAAAAGCCUUUGGGGAAAGGGUGGCGCCUGUCCCUGGCACUUGCAGCUCUUCUGUUUGGGGCAGGAGUGUAUGUGAAGGGAAUCAUGGGAGUAAGUGUCCGAGUGCGAAUGUGUGUUGGCGUCAGGCUGCCUUGGUGGGGAGCAGACAGGCCUCCAGAGCACAGGUGCAAAGGGCCGUACCAGAACUACCCCGCCAAGGACGGGGCUCUGGGGGGACUCAGGAGUGGGUGGUCAGUUCAGCUGUCCAGGUGCUGGUGUUCUGGACUAGUGGAUGUAUUUAAGAGCAAUUUAGUACCCACAGGGCCUGGGAGCCCCACUUACAUACCCCAGGGAAGCCACAGACAGAAGGCUGCCUAGGUUCCUAGGCCCAAUGACCCCCCCCCCCAUGCUGGAGUGGGGUCUAGCACUGGAAAGAUGCCUCAGGUGUAUUUGGAGUGAAGGGGAAGGGAGGUUAAGGCAGGCUCUCAAAGACCAGGACAUGGAGUCCAGGGACCUGGGCAAGAGAGUAGUGCCAGUUCCUGGGUGGGCUGCUAUACCAGACCCUCACCAGUCACACCCUUUCUAGCACCCAAAGGCUUUUCCAUCCAUCCCUCAAUAGCCUCUUGUCAUCACUUAGCUACUGAUUGUGCCCCAUGGCUUAAAUUCAGAGGGUUAAAUGAGGCAUGGCCUGCCACCACUUAACCCUCUCCCCAGAUGCUCCCCUCUGCUGUGGCCCUGGGGCUUUCAUUCUCACCGACCCCUCCUACUUGCCCUCUCCACUUUUUUUUUAAUAUACUUAUUUUGCUAUGGGGGAGGGGAAUGUCAAAAUGAACAAGAUCACUUUUAAAUGGUAGUUUUUAUAAGAUGUUAUAAACUUGUAUCUUUUUACCAUUAAA